AUGGACAAGAGGUUGAUGUAUUUGCGUGCGGCAACACGAUGGGUUCUUUGCUUGCCUUCAUUGGGGAGCGAGACAGAACUUUCAGAUUCGUGGCUGAGAGGUGGGAAACACGUGUUCCUGAUCAGGAAGGAAAACAAUCCUUGUGACACCAUUCCCGACGUUCGUGGCUAUGGGCAUAUGUUUCCUGAAGCCUAUACCAACUGGGACCCAGCUUGUAUUGGAUCCCAGUCUCACCAACGAUUGGUGUCAUAUUCUUUCGGGGGACUGAAUCUUGGGGUCAGACCUGAGACAGACGGAUAUUUCCCACGGAAGCUGGAAGAUGACAAUCAGGCCAAACGCCCUGGAAGUUACACUGCCUCUGGGAACAGUAAGGACGUUGCCUCUGCAUUUGCUCGAACUAAAGUUUUCUCGGAUGACGUCCCUUCAGACCUCACCGACUCCAAAGCACUGAAAGUUUGUCACGGGGAACAUGUCUGCCCACAAGAGUCCAUUUUCGAUCUAAAGACAAGAGCACCCCAUAACUGUAUGGAUAUGAACGAAAUGCAUGUCCGACUAUGGGUUAACCAGGUCCCAAACUUCAUCGUCGCUUACCACGAUCGAGGUGCUUUCAAGGACGUCCAAAUCAAGGAUGUUCGAGCAGGUGUGGAAGACUGGGAGGAUAACAACAAAGAGACUUUGGAGCGUUUGAAGGAAGUAUUGAACCUACUGGAUGUCCUCGCCCAGAAGCAGGUGAACUGGAGAAUCGAAAUUCUCAGGGUUGCAAAAGGCAACUUGGCAGUUUGGUCCAAUACGUCAGGCAAUGCAUUAUGUUCUUCCCCCGGAGCUGCGUGCCAAAUGGCUAGGAGAGAAGAAGAUAGUUUUACUGUAUCGGAAGACUUCUGUGACUCAAGUGCUGAGGCAGGAGGGUGUCAUCAGCUUCUGGCCCUGGUAAUCAAGUGCUCUUGA